CUUCCAGGGUCUAUGGUCCGCAUAAAACAGUUAAAUGUCACGGUUCCUGGGGUAGGUGUGGGGGAACAAUAACGGGUAACUACUGCGACGGUGUUUUUAAUGGAUUAUUCCGAGUGACUGCAUCUUUAUUGUUAAAGACACGAAAUGUCAAUAUUAUUGACAAACUGAGACGGUGUCGGUGUUAUGUUUGCGUCGUUAGGAGAUUUUAGUCAUAUGACGACUUGUGUAAAAAAAAAAAAGCUACAAAGCCCGUUAAAAUGUUUUGAAAUUUUCACUAAAACCGGUGGUGGGCGAAUUCUAAUCUCUUUGCUCGCUUUUCGGUAUAGCAGAUUGACGGCUAUACCUGGUAGCCAGUUAGCCGAGGUCUUGUUUACCACAAUGGACAGAGACGCGUACCACAACUGCAGCAGCCUUGUCAAAAUGCCGAGACAAUCGUACGAGCAGUUUUGGUCUUCGCAUUUUGUUGACUACAUCGACAAGGAGUUGAGUUACUCAAAAUUUUUCAAGAAGUAUUUGCUGCCUAAUCACCCGUGCAUGUUCUCAAGAAGGUUCACAGAGGACUGGAAGUGUAGAAAACAGUGGGUGACAGAGGAGGGCAAACCCAAUUUUCAGAAACUGCUGCAAGAGUUUGAGGAGACUCCUGUCCCAGUUGCAAACUGCAAUGCAAAGGAAUACAACGCCAACCCAAAACAAGUAAUGCCGUUUAAAGAAUUUAUACAUUACUGGAAGGAGUACAUUCAGAAUGGACACUCAUCGCCCAAAGGAUGCCUCUAUCUUAAAGACUGGCAUAUGUCAAGGGAUUUUCCAGACCAUAAUGUUUACACAACACCAAUCUUCUUUUCUUCUGAUUGGCUUAAUGAAUACUGGGAUACACUUGAAGUGGAUGACUACCGGUUUGUUUACAUGGGACCCAAAGGCUCAUGGACCCCGUUCCACGCCGAUGUGUUCCGCUCGUACAGCUGGUCCGCAAAUAUCUGUGGCAGGAAGAAGUGGCUGCUGUAUCCUCCAGGUCAGGAGGACUUUCUACGAGACACGCACGGAAACCUACCCUACGAUGUUACUUCAGCUGAACUUCAGGAUAGAGGCCUUUUCCCGCAGCUUGAAGAAGCAUGCCAACCUCUUGAAAUUAUUCAGGAGGCUGGUGAAAUUAUUUUUGUGCCAAGUGGUUGGCACCAUCAAGUUUAUAAUCUGGAGGACACCAUCUCCAUUAAUCAUAAUUGGCUUAAUGGCUGCAAUAUUGACAUAAUGUGGCAGUUCCUACAGAAUGAGCUGUCCUCUGUUCAAAAAGAGAUAGAGGAGUGGAGAAACACAAUGGAUUCAUGGCAUCAGCAUUGCCAGGUCAUUAUGAAAGCCUGCUCUGGCAUUGAUUACAGUGAAUUUGCCUCCUUUUUGAAAAUCGUUGCUGAAAAUCGGAUGGCCUUUUUGAAUGCCUGUUCCUCUGGGGAUUCCUCAGAUUACUCACGGCAUCUCUCAGAGACCCUCACCACUCUUGGACCUUACCAUUCUGCUUUUGACCUACAGAGAGUGGCCCACAUUAUUGAAUGCUUACUGUGCAACGAGGACUUUAAGCUGCUUGAUCAUUCAAUGUUGACUUUUCAGCCUGAAACCAUGUUGCAGCAGAUCCGAGACACUAUACAGUCCACUAGGGGGCAGCAUCUCUUUUAUCAGGAAUAAUGUGUCCAGCAUUUCAAUAAGUGCCACAUUAAGUAUGAAAAAUAUUGUGAUAAACCAGUAGGUAUCACUGCUGUCUAAAAUCCUGCUUAUGUCUAUGUAUGUCUUUGUUUUUGCACUGAAAGAUGAUAAAGCAUAAAUAAUA